AUGGCCAGACCUGUGGAGAAAAUAAGUGACAUCAAUGACAACAAAGAAUUAUGGAAACUGGCAGUCAGGGUGCAUCACAGAUGGAACGUUGUCUCCAACAACAAAGUUCAUUUUGAGAUGAUUUUUGUUGACAAAGCUGGUGGUGACAUACAUGUUGUUGUCCCAGCAGCCCAUAUGUCUCUGUUUGAUAAAAAAACUCGCAUUGGGUCGUACUUACACGGAUCUGCUGCUAGACUCAGACAGGCAACAAGAAACAACAAGUUAAUAUGCAACAACACUUUGAACUGCACCCUUUGGGAGUCUUAUGUUGAACAAUUCGUCAAGUAUAACCAGGAUCGGGCCGAUGCGUCUGUCCCAAUUGUUGUUUUGCUUCAAUAUGCAAAAGUGAAGGAAGAGGGAAAGUAUCCACUAUCAGUGACAAACACCUAUCAUGUAACUAUGUUGUGCCUCGAUGCUGAUUUUCCUCUGGUGAAAGAGUUUAUAGACCGAUAG